AUGUCUCGUAUCUCCACACUCUAUCUUCUCGCAUACAACUCCUUUCAGAGCAUUGGAUGGACAAUUUCCUUAAUUAAGAUUUUUGCCAAUCUUCUCGCCACUGCUUCCAUCGACGGAACCUAUGCUUCCGCCGGCAACUUAAUCUGUUUUCUGCAAUGUGCUGCAUUCUUGGAAGUUAUACACGGAGCGAUCGGUAUUGUGCCCAGCGGCGUUCUGCUUCCUCUUAUGCAAUGGGGAGGAAGGACACACUUUGUACUUGCCAUUGUUCGGAAGCUUGAUGAGCUCCAGGAAUUACCUUCAGUUUUUAUCACUUUUCUUGCAUGGAGCAUGGGUGAGGUCAUUAGGUAUUCACAUUAUGCUUUCAGUUGUUUGGGAAAUUGUCCUUCUUGGAUGACCUAUCUCAGGUACACUGCGUUUAUUGUGCUGUAUCCUUUGGGAGUGGGUCCUGGUGAAAUAUGGACUAUGUACAAGGCGCUUCCAAUUAUAAAAAAGAAUAAUCUCUAUGCAGAUUCCUUUUCAGGCCUCCCAUUUAGUUAUUAUGAUUUCCUUAAGGUUGUACUUGUAGUUUAUCCAUUCCUAUGGUUCAAACUUUACCUGCAUAUGUUCAAGCAACGACGUGCAAAACUUUAUAAACGCCUUGACAAGAAAAGGGCGUGA